AUGGGGUUGUUGUUUACUCCGAAACAUCAAAAGUUGGUUAACCAAUGUUAUCCAACGGGUAGAACGCCUGAUAAGAAACCCAAGUCAUCAGAGACAUCUUAUUUGUUGUAUUAUGUUAACUCUAGACGUACGAAGUUGGAGAAGGUUAGUGUGUAUUUGGUGAAGCGCACAACGGCAGAUUUAAAUCACAGGAGGAUUGGGAAUGUUAUGGUUACGUUGGAGUUGCUGGACAAAAUCGUUGUGAGUUGUAAGGAGAAUUUGAAUGUUUUUGUCAAGGAGUUUUUGGAUAUCAUGAUUAAAACUUUGAAUAAUAAUAACUUUAAUAUUGAUGUUAGUGUUGUGGAGAAGGUGGAGGAGGCGUUCAGGAGUAUCUGCAUGCAUUUGGAUGGUGUUCUUUGUAGUGGGGACCUCGAGUUUAUUCAGAUGUACCAGUCGUUUGUUAACAUUUAUUUCCAAGUGGUGACGGAUAGAAUUCGCAACGACGAUUUGUUGAUGAAGGGUUGUUUGGAUAUUUCGAAAACGACGAAUUUAGCGAGGAACCCGCAAGUUGGUCCCUUGAUAUCCAAGGGGGUGGAGCUUUCUUUGAGUAAGUUUCAGGAAUCCAAUGCUCGUUUUCAAGGUGAAAGUCUAGAAGUUGAUCUCCAUCCAAACGAUAAAAGGCUUUCACGGUCGCAAACGCAUGUGACCGGCUUGGAUGAGGCCAAAACAUCAUCCAGUUAUUCCGAAAUGGCGUUACAGUCGUACUUCAAUUCUACAGAGACAGAUAAAUUAUCCAUCUCCAUAAGGGCAUUAAUAAGAAGGUUAAUUGAGGUCCCUAACAAGGAACUCUUGCAGUAUAUUUCGAACGGAAUUCCUGUUCAGCUGAGAUACCUUAUAAUCAUUUUGUUUAACUACGAGUUGAACCAAAAUGAGGGACAUUCUGUAGUGUUGUUAAAAUUAAUGACAGGCCUAUUGGUUUCUGAAGUUAGUAUCAUAGGCUUAAGUGUCUUGGACUUCAUGAGAAAGAUCAUUACAUUCCAAUUAGGACAUUCCAAUGAUCUGGAUAUCGUAGACGCAUGUAAAAAUACCAUCUGUGCAUUGAACAAGAAAACUUACUAUAAAGAUCAACCAUUGGAUAUGAUAUCUGAAAUUCUCUUAAAAUUAAAGGACAACACAUCACAGCAGCAUAAGGUUAUCCUUGUUAAUAAUUUACAAGCCAUAAUCGAGACCACAAACGUGCCGUUCAUGACGUUAGAUGUAUUUUUGGAGGUGGCCGUGUAUUUGCAGGACUACGUCAACUUGUUUAACCUAGUGACUGAUAUAAUCCCAGGUGGAUUUGUUAUGAACAAGUUUUUCAAAUUUUUAUCCACUUUUGCCUCGUCAGAAGAUCAGGAAAUAUUAAUGGAUGAUGCCUUUGCGAAAUUUAAAAACUUCACUUUGUUAUCUGGAUUAAUCUAUUACUUGGCACAAGGCAAUACCCCAGAUAAAGUCUACUAUAUAUAUCACAAACGCGCUGCUCAGUUUCUAGGCUUCAACGAAUACCAAGCCCAAACGAAAUUCAAGAAACAACAGAAAGAGCUAUUUACACGUAGUGAGUUGGUCAACUGCUACUCAGACCCUGGUUGCAAUAAGAACGCCGAAAAAGGUCUCCGAAUUUUGAUUUCACAAAGUAACCGUGUCUCUACCACAGAUUUGGUUUCUGAAACUCCACCAGAUACAGAUAAAAUUGCGACUUCAGAGCUGCUUCUACCAACGACACCAACGACACCAACGACGCCAACAACGCCUCAGCAGCAGUCGAAGCUCACUUCAAGCUGCGAUAUUUCUAUAAAAUCACUGGAUAAAAUAAAAUCACCAAAAGUUAGCGACUUAAAAAAAGCAGCCAACGGAAUAAGGUUAACUGCGUCUCAUGGAUCUCUGCGCGCUUCACAAUCUGUGAAGUCGAGAAUUACCAAUAUAACAUUCCUAUUGAAUGAGUUGAACAACGAAAGCCAGGAAACUGGUAUUUACGAUCCAGAAGACGACGAAGCCGGUGCCACGGAAAAGUACGAUUUAGCAAGAUCGGUUUCAACUAAAGUUAGUCCAAGUGAUACAUAUAAUUCCAAGAAGUUUUGCUCAUUAGCAACUGCUGUAAAAUUAGAACCUCUACAAGACACAUUCCGUGAUGUCACCACGGAUAUCGAAGUAUCCAGCCCAUUUUCAGCCAAUGUAUUCUCAUCGUAA